GGUCUAAAAACUCUUGAGAACUACACUUUUUAUAAAUAAUUUUUCUUUGAGUUUUUGUUCUUCUAAAAAAAAAUAAAACUCAAUACUGAAAAAUACAAAAACAAGAAGCCAUGGGAACUCAAGCUCCCACCAAUCAGACCAACUAUGGUGAUCAGGAUGAUGAAAAAAUAAGAAGGCAGAAAGCCAUAGACGAUUGGCUACCAAUCACAUCUUCAAGGAAUGCAAAAUGGUGGUACUCUGCUUUCCACAAUGUCACUGCCAUGGUUGGAGCUGGUGUUCUCAGUCUCCCUUAUGCUAUGGCACAUCUAGGCUGGGGACCUGGUGUUGCAGUACUAAUCCUCUCAUGGAUCAUAACAUUGUACACACUAUGGCAAAUGGUUGAAAUGCAUGAAAUGGUUCCGGGUAAGCGAUUCGACAGAUAUCACGAAUUGGGUCAGCAUGCAUUUGGGGAAAAGCUUGGUCUUUACAUUGUUGUGCCUCAACAGCUCAUUGUUGAAGUUAGUGUCAACAUUGUUUACAUGGUCACUGGUGGAAAAUCACUAAAGAAGUUUCAUGAUGUUGUUUGCAAAGAUUGUAAAGACAUCAAAUUGACUUACUUCAUUAUGAUCUUUGCCUCUGUUCACUUUGUACUCUCGCAUCUCCCUAACUUCAACUCCAUCUCUGGUGUUUCAUUGUGUGCGGCUGUUAUGUCUUUGAGUUACUCCACCAUUGCCUGGUCAGCUUCUGUUGAUAAGGGUGUUCAGAGUGAUGUAGAUUAUAGCUACAAGGCGACAACUAACACGGGUGUUGUGUUAGACUUCUUUACUGCAUUAGGAGAUGUUGCAUUUGCCUAUGCUGGUCACAAUGUGGUGCUCGAGAUUCAAGCUACAAUUCCAUCAACACCCGAGAAACCUUCUAAGGGUCCAAUGUGGAGAGGAGUUAUUGUGGCUUAUAUAGUGGUUGCAUUGUGUUAUUUCCCAGUUGCUUUGAUUGGUUAUUGGAUUUUUGGUAACCAAGUUGAAGAUAACAUUCUUAUCUCAUUGGAGAAACCUGCUUGGUUGAUUGGAAUGGCUAACCUUUUCGUUGUUGUCCAUGUUAUUGGAAGCUAUCAGAUUUAUGCAAUGCCCGUAUUCGACAUGAUAGAAACUGUUCUUGUUAAGAAGCUUAACUUCAGGCCAACUUUCAUGCUUCGUUUCAUUACUCGAAACCUCUAUGUUGCAUUGACUAUGUUUAUAGGCAUGACUUUCCCUUUCUUUGGUGGUCUUCUUGGAUUUUUUGGUGGAUUUGCUUUUGCCCCAACAACUUACUUUCUCCCUUGCAUAAUGUGGCUUUCUAUCUACAAACCAAAAAGAUUUGGCUUGUCUUGGUGGGCUAAUUGGACUUGCAUUGUAUUUGGAGUACUUUUGAUGACUUUAGCACCAAUUGGAGGACUCAGACAAAUCAUAAUCAGCUCCAAAGGCUACAAGUUUUACUCUUAAUUAUUUCUAAUCUCUUAGCUUAAAGUGUCCAAACUUUGUUUGUAGAAAAAAAAAAAAGGUAAACCAGUCAAAAAUGAUAACAAACACAACAUGGAUUUGAGUUCUCUUUUUGAACUGUCUGACUGAUUUUUCGAAAUGAAAAAUCUCGGCAUGAGUCUGAAUCAUCAUCUUCGUCAUCAUUGGAGCUUUCUCAAGACUUUUAGUUCUUUUUAUGGUUGUUUCUCUUAGUGUGUGCUUUUGUAUGUAUACAGUCACUUAAUGUCUUUUUAUGGUUGUUCUUUGCUAGAGGUGUGUGAAAGUCUUGCCUUAUUUUAAAUAUACACAUAUUCUUAUUAUUCUAGUGUAUGAAUUUAAACCAUUUGUUCCAAUUUCAUUAUUAAAUUUUUUUUUUUUUGUGGGAGUUUUGGUUUUUUCCUUUUGGCA